GCAGCCGGGAAACCGCGCGGGGUCGGAUUCAUGUGGGAGACAGAGAGACUGUUGGUUCCAGCAAUAUGGAGGAGGACGUUAGCUUGAAGUUCCGUCAGCAGCUUCUGCUCAUUGACCAAAAUCUUGUGGCUGAAGAUGUAGCAGCUUUAAAAUUUUUCUGUACUGACUUGCUCCCCUCCAGAAAGCUAGAAAGUGUAAAGUCAGCUGUGGACAUCUUUCAGCUUCUCAUGGCUGAAGAAUAUCUGAAUGAGGAAGAUACUUUCCUACUAGCUGAACUCUUAUACAGAAUUAAAUGUCACUCAUUGCUCAAGAAACUUGGCUAUACCAAGGAGAAAGUAGAAGAAUGUCUGCAUGAGAAAGGGAGGGUGUCUCCAUACAGGCAGAUGCUGUAUGAAUUGUCAGAGAACAUUACCAAUGAGAUGUUGAAGGAAAUCAUAUUCCUGAUGCAAAGCCAUCUUCCAAAGCGAAGGAUAACUCUUUCUGCUCUGGAUAUGCUGAUUUUACUGGAAAAACAAGGUCUUGUGUCUGACAACAAUGUACAGAUGCUGGAGGACGUUUGUAUGGAAGUUUCACCCGAUCUGGUGAAAACAGUAAACUGCUACAGGACAAAAGUGUCUCUGCCUCAGCAGGAGAACAGUUUUCCCGUUAAGGAAUCUUCGCUGUCUCACAGUGGAGACAUCAGAGUGUGUGCUUCCCCACUGGAGACCUCAAUCACAUCUGUCAGUUCUUGUAUCAAUGAUAACAAAGCAGCUAAUCUUACACAAGGCUUCUCUGGAAUGAAGCUGGAGCUGCCUGGAGGAUUCAGCAAUGUAGAAAAUGAAUCUAAGAAGAUGACAACCUACAAGAUGGAUGGGCCACACAGAGGAUUUUGUCUUGUUAUUAAUAAUGUCAACUUUGAUAGGUCUCUUCAGGAGAGGAAGGGUUCUUGUAAAGAUGCUGAGGAAUUGAAGCGAGUAUUUACAUGGCUUGGUCUGGAUGUGAGAACUUACAAAGAUCAAACAUCUCAGCAGAUUAUGAAUCUCAUGCAAACUUGGCAGCACUUCCCAGAUCAUAAAGACAGAGACUGUUUUAUAUGUUGUAUUCUGUCUCAUGGAGAAUCAGGAGCCGUUUAUGGGAAAGAUGAGGAACUUGUAUCGAUCCGCACAAUCAUGUCCCACUUCACUGCCAAACAAUGUCCACAACUGGCUGAAAAACCUAAGCUCUUCUUUAUCCAAGCUUGCCAAGGUAAAGCCAUACAGUGUCCAGUCUAUGUUGAACCUGAUGCACGAGUUCCUGGCUUGUCUUCCAUGCAGCACAGCAUUUCUCCUUCCGAAAGUAUUCCUGAAGAGGCUGAUUUCCUCCUAGGCAUGGCCACUAUUGAUGGAUAUGUCUCCUUCCGGCACGUUCAACAGGGUACUUGGUAUGUUCAGGCCCUGUGCAGCAAGCUACAGUUAUUAGUACCAAGGGGUGAAGAUAUUUUGUCAAUUCUUACAGAAGUUAAUGAAGAUGUGGGCAGACGUGUUGAUCGCUUGGGGACAAAAAAGCAGAUGCCCCAACCAGCAUAUACCUUAAGAAGAAAGUUCAUAUUCCCAAUACCUAAAGACCCUCCUCCUUCACAGCAACAUGGAGGCUUUUAAAAGUACAUCCUUUUAUCAGCAUAUCUCAUUUAAAUGCAAUUCACCACACUACCUGCUUUAAGGCAGUUACCCAGCAUCCUGAAGAACUGUUAUCCUCAAGGCAAGGCCUCAUGAAUUUUAUGCCAAAUAAACUGGAGGAGACACAAUGAAAACAAUCCAUGUGCCACCUAUUUACAUGUGAACUGUGAUUUCAACAUCACUUCUGGGAAGAAAAAUUAGGGUAGAGGAUUUGCAUCCUAUGAGAUAUGGCAUUCAGCAAUAUGUAUGUAUAGGUUUAUCAGAUUGAUUAACUUCGUUAAGCAUUAAAUUUUCUCAUUUUCAUUUCUUGUUUUAAGAUCUAAAACGCAGGCAUAUAAGAAAGAGGUCUCCUUGCUUUGAGCUUCUAACAGAGCAUUUUGUGAGUUAACUGAAAUAACAUCAUGUUUUCUUACGAGCUUUUGCUGUGUAUGUCUGUGUCCUUCCUGUUUGUUACUGCAUUAAAUUCAUACUACUUUUAAAGAGCUUGAUGAGAAAAAAAUUAUGUGUUGGUGUUUU